CAGAAGCAGCAGCAGAAGCACCAGCAACAACAUGGCCAAGGACUUGAGCACUCUGGGCUGGGAUUAUCUGAUGUUUGUACUGUUUAUAGCCCUCACCGUUUUGGGGCCGCUGUGGAAACGCAUUUUUGGCAAAAAGAAGGAGCGCAGCAAGGCCGAUUAUGUUUUUGCCACCGGAGGAGUUUCAAUCGUGGCAGUGAUGAUUUCUAUAGCUCGAGGAACUUUGGGCGUGAGAUCAGUGUUGGGCUAUCCCAGUGAGUUGUACUACCGAGGAUCUUCCAUGUGGGAGAUUAUCUAUGGCAUGAUGAGCGCCUAUCCCAUCGUCUGUUUCAUGUUUGUGCCCGUCUACUUCAAUCUGGGCAUCACCUCCGUCUAUCAGUACAUCGAUCUCAGGUUCAAGAGCCGCACGGUGAGAUGCCUGGCCUCGGCAACGUAUAUUGUGCGACAGAUCUGCAACCUGGGCAUCACCGUCUACACGCCCAGCGUGGCCCUCUCGACGGUGAUUGGCAUACCCUACUGGGCCUCCAUCGUGGGCAUGGCCAUCAUUUGCAUAUUCUUCACCAUUAUGGGCGGCCUGAAGGCGGCUAUCAACGCGGACGUUAUCCAGACACUGACCAUCCUCGUUGUCACGGUGGCCGUCUGCAUCCAGGGAACCAUCUCGACGGGCGGCGUGAAGAAGGUCUACGAACUAAAUCGGGACAAUGGACGCCUCAGCUUUUGGAACUUCACGGGCGACAUGACUGUCAGGGUGGAUACCACAUCCGCUUGGCUGGGGCAGCUGUUCAUGUCCCUUUCGCAGAUCGGUUGUCAGCAGAACUUUAUGCAGCGCUAUGUCAGUCUCAAGUCGCUGAAGGAAGUGCGUCGAGUAAUGCUGACCAAUGUGCCUCUGGUGUUCUUUUUCUUCUCCCUCUCCUGGAUCUCCGGCAUGGUUAUCUACUCCUCGUACAUCAACUGCGAUCCCUAUGCCGAGGGCUACAUCAAGAAACCCGAUGAGAUUCUGCCCUUCUUUGUGGAAGAUCAGCUGGGUUUCCUGCCCGGCUUUGUGGGUAUAUUCAUGGCCACUCUUUUUAAUGGCGCCCUUUGCAUUAUGGUCUCCAAUCUUAACUCUUUGGCCACCGUUGUUUGGGAGGACUUUGUGUCCCAGUUUCCCAGGUUCAAGGGUCUCUCCGACCAGCAGCAGCUGGGAAUUCUGAAGACAAUCACCGUGAUCUGUGGCCUGAUUAUCAUGUGCGUGGCCUUUGGUGUUGGUUUGCUGGCUGGCGUCAUUGAAUCCUCGCUACUGGUUUUCUCGGCCACCUCGGGACCCCUGUUAGGCUGCUUUAUCCUGGCCAUGUUGGUGCCGAUUGCCAAUUGGAAGGGCACUUCCGCGGGCAUGAUCACCGCCUGCUCCUUUGUGCUGUGGAUCAUCGGCGGUAGCAUGACCAUCACCAAGCACAAUCCUAUGUUGCCCACCAGUACGGAUGGCUGCUCCAAUGAUACCUUCUCGCAGUCCAUUGGCAAGCCCAUUGUGGAGCCGGGACAGAUGCCCUGGCUGCUGACGCACACGCCUGUGGAUGGCUAUAACCAGAGCUUUGUGCCCACGCCACCCACGAUUGCACCUGAAAGAUCCGGACUGGAUAGCUUCUACUCGAUCAGCUUCAUGUACUACAGCUUGAUUGGAACCGCCUUGACCGUGAUAAUUGGCACAGUGAUCAGUUGGCUGACCCAGCAUCCGGAUGACGCCUACGAUGGCAAGCUGCUGCAUCCGAUGAUCUUCCGGCUGUGCGAGCGCUUCUCGGGCCCUAAGCCGUACUAUGUGAAGCACGAGGAGGAGUCCGGACUGAACGGACGCAGCAGCAGCGAUUCCUCGGCCACGACAACGACCUGCAAGGAGGAGAAGGUCAAUCAUGGCUACGAAUCGUCGCCGGAGGAGAAGGAGAAGAGCAGUCCCAUUGCCGUGGUCUUCACCACCACGUCGGAGGGCAAGGGAUCUGCGGAUCAGCAGUCCAUAUGCGAUGCAAGCCGGAUCCAAUUGGACAUUGUGCCCGGAGAGGGCGAAACGGGCGUUUAUCGCCAACUGGCCGGACGAUCGGCGCUCUGAGGGCUAACUGAAUACUACGUACUAGGCUUAAGUAGAUAGUUAGCUCCACCACUUAGUCUGUAGCCUGUAAGCUAAGCCCUAGGAUAGACCAAUUAGUUAGCCAAGUGUUUCACGUCUAUAAAGAUGCUGUGAUUUCUGUGCGCGACUGUUGUUGAGCAAUUGCUCGCGCAUUUGUAGCAACUCGAGUUUCAUUCGCAUGUACUUACCGCAUGUGUGUGUGCGUGGCAGCGUGCAAUAAAUAAAGACAAAUAAACGUAUUUUUAUACAAAAUCA